GCGACAUUUUUUUAGUGUAGUUGAUUUAACGUCAAAAUGUGAAUCAACUGGUGAAGUUUAAAGAUCGUUUCUGGAGGUUACCUAAACUCAAACAUGUUAAAAGGAAUAUGUUAUUAAGCUUUGUAUGUAACCAUGGGUUAAUUGUACUUCUUUUGUUUGGUUUCCACCGGGAUAUUUAUGUUUCUACUAGUUCAUUGGAGUUGAGCCAGCGUGAUAUACGCGGAGUUAAAUGUGAAGAAAAAUUGAACCUUGGUUUUAUUUUGGGUGGAUUUCAAGAUCCAUAUUUUCAAGAAAAUGGAAAAUUCCAGGAGGCAAUUAAAUUAAUCAAACGACUUUCAAAUUCAUUUAAAGUGAAUGUUAAUGGAGCUGGUGUAGGACUUAUAACAUAUGGAUCUUCUGGACAUGUCUCAUUUGACCUGCAUCCCUUCCUGAGUGCUGAGCAUUUGACGAAGGCAAUAGACGAUGCUUCGGUGCCUGACGUCGGUAGAAAUUUGGAGGAUGGACUUAGAUUGAGUAAUGAUUACUGGCAUUAUACAUUGGCAUCACGUGAUAAAGUAUCAACUAUAGUUGUUAUCAGUGCUGGCCCAACUGGAAAUACCAAAGAAGCAAGCAACAAGUUGAAAUUACUUGGUGUGGAAAUAUUUGCAAUCGGUAUCGGGGAUGGCGCUGUGAAAACUGAGUUAAAUAAGAUAGCAUCGGAACCACUUACGAGGCAUGUCUUUGCUGUGAACUACGGUCAACUAGAGGGGCUGAGUUCUUUACUGGCAAAGAAAAUAUGUGAAGGAGCAAGAACACGAAGACUCCAACGAUUGCAAACUUACAAUCAGAAUUUCCACACAGCUGUUACGAAAAGUGGGAAACCUAAAGCUACUGUACAAACCAAUGGUGGUGGUACAAAUAAUGGUGAUGGUACAAAUUAUGGUGGUGGUACCACUAACGGUGGUGAUACCAGUAAUGGUGUUGGUACCAAUAAUGGUGGUGGUACAAAUUUUGGUGGUGGUACCAGUAAUGGUGGUGGUUCCAGUAAUGGUGGUGGUUCCAGUAAUGGUGGUGGUUCCAGUAAUGGUGGUGGUUCCAAUAAUAGUGGUGGUUCCAGUAAUAGUGGUGGUUCCAGUAAUAGUGGUGGUUCCAGUAAUGGUGGUGGUUCCAGUAAUGGUGGUGUUGCCAGUAAUGGUGGUGGUACCAGUAAUAAUUGGUAG